CAUCCUCUUCCUCCCUCACCAUCGUCAUCUGAAAGAAAGAAAGAAAGAAGAAGCACAACCAUGUCCAACGUGCCCACCUCCCUCCGCGACUCCUCCCUCACCGUCUUCCGCCUCACCAUCUCCAGCUCCGACCCCUGGCCCUUCUCUUCCUAACCCUCACAACUCCCCUAGCUAGCUCCCUCAACCUCUCCGUUCUUCCCCUUCACCACAGCAAAGCUCAGAGAGUACUGUCCGGUCCUCGAUCGCUCGCGAUGCCGCACCGGCAGCAAGGGGCGCCCAAGGGGUGCGUGACGGUCCGGGUGGGCGCCGAGGGCGAGGAGCAGCGACGCUUCGCGGUCCCGCUGGGCCACCUCAGCCACCCGCUCUUCGCCGCGCUGCUCGAGGAGGCGGAGCGCGAGUAUGGCUUCCGGCACCAGGGCGCCAUCGCCAUCCCCUGCCGCGUCGACCGCUUCGUCCACGUCGAGCAGCUCAUCGACCGCGACCUCGGCGACCACCGCCACCUCGUCGACCUCGACAACUGCGGCGCCGCCGUCACGGCCAGAGGAGGACAUGGCCACGGCCACAGCCACAUCAACCUGCCGCGCUUCGUCGGCUGCUUUCGCGACUGAUGCACGGCACACCCGCGGAUCGACCGGUCGAGCUGCUCGGUUGUUGUAGUUCUUGAAGUUUCUUUAGGGUCCGCGCGCUCUCUCUCCCGUGUUGCCGUUGGUUUGGUGCGAGGAGAAAUCGGACCAAGAACUUCGAGGCUGUUGAUGAUCGAUGAUGAAAAAUUGUGAUUGAUGCAAGUGUAAAGAUAGAACAGAAUUUCGAGGUUUCAUGAUGAUGAUGAAAAAUUGUGAUUAAUGUAACUGUAAAGACAGAAUAUAUUACGACCCUUUCUCCUUUGUCGAUA